ACAUUUAUAUUUAAUUUGAUGUUAUUUCAACAUCCAUAGAGCAAUUGUUCAGUAGAAUAUUUAUUUCAAAACAUUCAGUUUGAGUUACUUUCAAACAUCAUUUAUGUUUUAUAUUGUAUUAUUUUUUUCAGUUUUUUACUUUGCUUCCACGUGUGACCGGUGUGUUUUUGCGUUGUGUCUGACAAAGAAAGGUAAAAGAAAGAAAGACCUCCAAGUAAAUAACUUGCUCGCUCCAGCUCCUACAACCAAAUACAAACAGUGGGGGAGAGGGUUAGCUCAACCCAUCACAACUUCCAAGCUAGCCAGAAUUAUAUAUUCAUGCUAGCAUUAACGGCGCCUAAAACACAUUUGUGGCACACACAUACUACACAUUUAUAGCAUCUAACAAAAACUGGCACAAUGAUGACAAUAAUUGAACUAAAGACACACAAUCAGAAACAUCAGGGUGGCUAAAUAUAGAUUAUAUGUGUGUUGUACAGGGUCUGGAAAGAAAUGACACCAACCUCUCCCACAGGGUAAUUGUAGAAAAGGGGAGAGGCCAAAGGGGUACACUGUAUUUAUAGGGUUGCACCAAAGAAGAAGAAGGACAAUGAGGAGGGGCUCCAACUGAUAAAGAACAUAACUACAGGCUUGAAGGUCCUAAAAGUCAGGUAUAAACUGGAAAAUAAAAUUUGUGGUCUAGAACACAUUUUGUGUAAUUAUAACAACAUGUAAUGUCCGUUACACACGGAGUCAGACAUGCUAGUAAUUUUUAAAAGUGGUCUUGAGCAAUAGUUCUCCAGGAUUUCUGAAAGUCUUUGAAAGUUUUAUCUUUGGAUCGUGGCUGCUUUUUCUCUCACUUACAGUUCAGUCCUUGUACUUGACCACUUUCAGAGGAAUGCUUGUUAAGCCACUUAACACUGACCUAUGAAUCAGUAAAGCAUAAAAAGGCCCCUAACUCAAAGGGUGAACCAGUGCUAUGUCUAAAAACAAUGGCUGGCUUAACAAAAACAAAAAACCAUUUAAAGGCAUUAUGUUAUUGCUAUCCUGUCACAAAAACACAUAAAAUGAUUUCAUAUUUCUUUAAUGGAAUCUAUGAAAAAUGUCAAAGAUAGCACAGAUUAUGUUUGCACCGACAAGGUGAUUCCCAAAGAGCUAUUAGCCAAAAACUUGUCAUGUCUUGAAAUUGUGUUCAGUGUGGUCAUAAAAAUUGUGAGAAAACUAGAGAAUUUCCUGCAGACGAACAAUCUCUGUAAGUCAGGAAUAUGACAUUUAAAAAAAAAAAAAGCUUGAAGACCUGAGAGACGCACCUGUCCCUUCAGUUAGGAUGUCUUGAGCAACAGCUCGCCAGGAUUCCGCCCAAUAUUUUUUUCUUUUCCCCCUCUUGAGCUAUUACAGGGGGUAUCCGGAUUUGAACCGGAGACCUCUUGAUCUGCAGUCAAAUGCUCUGCCACUGAGCUAUGCCCCCUACACGAGAGCAGUACCGGGCUCCAAACCGUUAGCAGAUGAUCCCUCAACUGUUCGCCAUCACAAAUGAUCUCAAUGGAAGGGUGGCUGCCAACAAGCUAUUCUUAAUGAAAAGGCAGAAACAAGGAAAUGUCUCAAGGAAAGGAAAGGAAAAGAAACAAGGAGAAAAGGCUGAGGUAUGACAAAUUGCACGAGAGCUGGCCUGGAAUAUCAGUGGGAACAGGUCCUAUGGCGUGAUGAAUCCUAGUUACUAGUAUGACACUAGCAGCCUAGGAGAGAAUUUAAAUGUGUGUCUUUGUUCAAAAUUCCCCUAAAAAUUCACCCUAAAACUAAAUUUGUCCCUUAACAAAGAAAUUUGUCCGAAGCUUUUUUGUUAGGCUUACUCCUAUUGGAUAUCCAAUGGUAGUAAUGACGCAUUUUGCAGAACUCCAAGUUUUUUGUUUUGGUUCAACAUCACAAUUAAGUCUUUUUAUAAAUACAUGCAUAAACGGGAAUACGGUUACAUGGACCAAUUUCUUUUUUACAGGAAGCCACUGGGGAUUUGUUUUCAAAAAGAUAGUGACGGUCACGUCCACGUUUUGAAGCUGAGCCAGUAUUAUUCCCAGUAACUGCCUGUAUAUGAAUGUUCUUAAAAUUUGUGAGUAAACAAGACAAAACAUCUCACACUUGUUGAUUUGUGUUAGUCUGGGCCCGCUAUUAUCACGACACAAAGGAGUACAAUGUUGUUACUGUACUCAUCAGUGGAAACGGCCUACUUUCUCUUUCCAUCAAUAUAGGACAAAACAUUUUAAAGGCUCUUAACCACUUUUCCAUGUCAAAGGUGAUGUACUAAAAGUAGAUGCUACUGUAGAUCUCAGCAGUUUUCAAAUGAGAUUUUUAAUGAGCUUACAUUAUGUGCUGUAGGGCAGCUACCAGCAGCUCUUUUGGGGUUUGUAGAAGGUCAUCUGGGUUGAAUGAGCCCAUUUAGCUACACUGUGGAGGAAUAUCAUGAUAAUGUAGCAUGGUGCCAUCCAGGCCGCCAGUCCCUAAAACAAGGAGGCUAUUGUACUGUAGUAAAAUGAAAUGGGGUGGGGUGGGAUGCUCAGAUUGUGCAAUGAAUUUUAUGGAAAACAGAAUGAUUACUUCUUCAUACUGGAAGCUGUGGGGAAAAACAAAACAGGAUUAGGCACUUACAAUGACUUCAGCUCCCAGCACACUGGAAAUAUUUCUUCAUCACUUUUGUAUGUUGGUUCCUUCUGUAUGUGCUGUCAGUUACUCAUUGAUUUUAUCACAAUUUAUACUGUGUUUGCAUUAAGUGGAUGUGCACCGACUGCACUAUUAAACUGUACGUAGUGUUUUGUAAACAAAGCAGACCUCCAGUACAGAAAUAGUGGAUGUCCUUCACAGACCUGCAGCAAACCAUUUUUUUUUAUCAGCUAUUUAUCCGAACAACCUUCGUUUCAUUAAAUUCAUGUUAUACGCUGAUAGAUGUCAAAGUCACAGCCAACUUUCCACAACGCCAGUGUGUUUAGUUGUUUUUUAUAUACACGGAAAAUGGACUGGUUCUUAUAUAGUGCUUGUCUACUCUAUGUGAGCACUCGCUUUUUUACUACAAGCCUCAUUCACACAACUGCUUAUUCUAUGUCUAAGCUUAUUUAAUCUCACAUUCACACACUUUCUCUUAGGGGUUCGGCGGGUCGGUGGCGUUUAGUGGGUUUGGUGGGAUUUGGUGGGGUUCGGUAUCCUGCCCAAGGAGACUUUGACAUGCAGUCUAGAGUCUAGAUUAUAUCUGCCAAACAGAAGCAAGCUGUUUGAAAUUCUUUUGAUUUGUAGUGAAUCAAUCUCACCAACAUGUCUUUAAUUUGUAUUUUUAUAUUAUUGGACUCUACUGGAAUAGGUCUGCAUAAUUAGAGUUCAAAAGACUUCUUUAUCCUAUAUCUUUAUUCGCUGAUAUCCUAGACAGCCAAGAGUCGAGUAGAGAAAAUGGUUGAAAACUGUAUUUAGAGAACUUUAGGUUCACCUGUUCGCCUCCUUAUUUACCGCAAACAUCUAUCAUCAGCCAAUCACAUGGAAGCAGCUCAAUGCUUUUAGGCAUGUAGACAUGGUAAAGGUGACCCACUGAUGUGAAAACUAAGCAUCAGAAAGGAAGAAAGGUCAUUUCAGUGACUUUGAAUGUGGCAUGGUUGAUGGUGCCACGUGGGCUGAAUAUUUCAAACCACUGACCUACUGGGAUUUUUCAUGCAUAGCCAUCUCUAAAGUUUGAACAACAGAUUACUUUAAAAAUUGUUGCCUGGUCUGAUGAAUCUGAGUUUCUGCUGCAUGAUUUGCUAGGCCCAGAAUUUGUCACGAACGACAUGAAAAUAGUGAGCCAUUCUUUAUUGUAUCAAGUGUUUAGGCAGCUGGGAGGGACAGUUUCAGGAGAUUUCAGUUGAGAAAUUGUUUUCAGCAAUUGUUCUUUGGACUUUUGGAAGGUCUUCCAAAAAAAAAAAAAAAAAAAAAAGCUAAGGUCCCCUUCAGAUCUCAACUGCUCUCAGAGUUGUCUUUUUCAUUGGUGGCUCUAUAGGGGGCAUCUGGAAUUGAACCAGAGACCACUUGAUCUGCAGUCAAAUGCUCUACCACUGAGCUACACCCCCGAUGCAAGAGUUGCACCUGGCCCUUCAGAUGAUCUGUAAACUGUUCACCAAUGCCCCACCACAAAUGGUUUUCUUCUUGACAUCCACCCUGGUGGUGUAAUGAUGUGAUUAACAUUUUCUUGGCACACUUUGGGCCACCUAGUACCCAUUGAGCAUCUAACAAACACAUAACAAGUUUUUUUGCGUGGGCUGUUGCUGUACGUCACGGUCCCAGAAACUGCAGGAGGAGUGGAGCAGAACAAAGUCCAAGGUGUUUAAAGUCCAGUAUGAAGUUACCACUAUCUAUGAUCUAUGAUUGCUCUGUGUGUCAUGGCAUGUGCAGCCACCUACCAGGCCUUUUCAGAGCAGUUUUAUGGAGAUGCUGGUUUCCUUUUCCAGCAGGACUUGGCAGCUGCCCGCAGUGUCAAAAUUACUGCUGGUUUGCUGACCAUGUCGUUAUUGUACUUAAUUGGUAAGCCAACUUGCCUGAUCUGAACCUACGGAAUAUGGUCAAGAGGAACAUUAAAAAGAUCCAAACUAGAAAUAGAGCUGAGCUCAGCAAUCAAAGCAGCAUGGGCUUCAGUAACACCUCAGCAGUGCCAUGAGCUGAUCACCUCCAGAUCUGAUAUGGACUAUUUUUUUUUAUGUUUUUAAUUUCUAAAAAUAGCUUUUCCCAUAUAAAUGUAUUAAAUUUAAAUUUAAAAAAAUAGAUAAUUUCAAAAACAUGUGCGGUCUGACCCUCUGUUACUGUAUUUCUCCACCAGUCAUGACUAUUAAUCAACCAGAUGAAUGUGCAGCCAUUAUGAAGAAGGCAAUAUUGACAUAACUCUACUGGUACAUUGAGGUUAUGUGUUAAGUGCUCAUGUCCCAGAGUGUACAACGUGACUACGGGCCCGUUGGUUUGAUGUCCUGUUUAGCUCUGGCCCUGGCUGUUGCAUUGGUCUUCUGAUGAUGUCCUGCUACCUUGCCUGAGGGUCUGGACCCUCAACACAACAUGUUCCAGUUUUCUAAACAAUCAAUGGACAUCAGACUGUUCCAAUCUCUUUUUGGCUUUACUAAACAUGGAGGAAAUCACAUUUUUCCUUCGAUUCUGUUGUUGUAUAACAGUGUAGCACAUUUUUUGCAUUUAUCAUCUCAAAUUUAUAUGGAUUUCAUGACCAAGAUUUCUGUUUUUAGCUUUAAAAAAUGACAUAUUCUUUAACGUUCAGUCUGUCACUGUGUCUGUAUCACACAACUAAGCCCUUACAAACCUCGGUUACUCUGCUUCUGGGACCUUAUCGACCUCUACCCCAUUGUGUGCCUGAGCUGUUUGUAUUUUUCCUGCAGAGAUAUUCAUGCAGAAUUAGAGCUGAGAAGAUGUGAAACCGAUGAUAACGAGGACAAAAGUGGUCUUUGUGAGGGACCUCCACUAUGAAGCAGGAGGGGUGAGGGGUGUGCGGAGGUUACGCUGGUGACAAGGGGACAGACACGGAUUGAGAGCAUGAAAUAAUACUAGGCUGACUCACCAUGCUUUAAAUGAGCUGCUAUUCUCUUUUUUUCUCUCUCCACUCUUUUUUUUCCUCUGAGUCAUAAUUCCAUUCUUACAAAAUCCCUCUCAGAUGGAGUGGCCUUUUAUUUCAUAGCCGACAGAGACUGAGCUCACCCUACUCAUGGGGAUUGCUUCCAUCCAUAGAUCUCCACAUUUCACUGUGCUCUUCUGCUCUGAAGAGCCUCCUGAGACAACUACAAAGAGACAAAGAUCAGUGCCAAUAUGCUGAUCUUCCUGUGCACUAACAUGAUCGGGAUCUGUACUCACUACCCCGCUGAAGUCUCCCAAAGACAGGCCUUCCAGGAGACUAGAGGAUACAUUCAGGCCAGACUGCACCUACAGAGGGAAAACCAGCAACAGGAGCGCUUACUGCUGUCGGUGCUGCCACAUCACGUUGCCAUGGAGAUGCAGGCUGAUAUCAGUGCCAAGAAGGAAGAUAUGAUGUUCCACAAGAUCUACAUUCAAAAACACGACAAUGUUAGCAUACUGUUUGCAGACAUUGAGGGCUUCACCAGCCUGGCAUCUCAGUGCACGGCCCAGGAGCUGGUCAUGACGCUGAACGAGCUGUUUGCCCGCUUUGACAAGCUGGCUUCGGAGAAUCACUGUCUGCGUAUUAAAAUCCUUGGCGACUGUUACUACUGUGUGUCAGGACUGCCUGAGCCCCGUGCUGACCACGCCCACUGCUGUGUAGAGAUGGGAGUAGACAUGAUUGAAGCUAUCUCGCUGGUGAGAGAGGUUACAGGCGUUAACGUGAACAUGCGGGUGGGCAUCCACAGCGGGCGCGUUCACUGCGGGGUGCUUGGCUUGCGCAAGUGGCAGUUUGAUGUGUGGUCUAACGACGUGACCCUUGCCAACCAAAUGGAGGCUGGGGGAAAGGCUGGUCGUAUCCACAUCACCAAAGCGACACUGCAGUAUCUGAACGGGGACUAUGAAGUGGAGCCAGGUUUUGGAGGGGAGAGGAAUGCUUACCUGAAGGAACACAACAUUGAAACCUUCUUGGUGCUGGGCUGCAGCCAGAAAAGGAAAGAAGAGAAAGCCAUGAUAGCUAAAAUGCAGCGUACACGUGCAAAUUCUGCAGAGGGAGUGAUGCCACGUUGGGUGCCUGACAGGUCUUUCAACAGAAACAAGGAGCCUAAAGCCUACCAGAAGAUGGGCAUCGAUGAAGCAUCCAGCAAAGAAAAUCGCUGUACUCAGGAGGCACUGAACACCGAGGAUGAGGUGGAUGAGUUUCUCGGACGGGCCAUCGAUGCGCGCAGCAUUGACCAGCUGAGGAAAGAUCAUGUCAAGAAGUUUCUGCUCACUUUUCAGACUGAAGAACUUGAGAAAAAGUACUCUAAAAAAGUUGACGAUCGUUUCGGGGGAUAUGUGGCCUGCAUACUUUUUGUCUUUUGUUGUAUCUGCUUCAUUCAAGUUAUUAUUUUCCCAAAAACGCCGCUUAUGCUCGGUCUUUACAUUAGCGUCUUCGUCAUCCUCGCCAACAUCCUCUUCGUCUGUGCCAUCUACUCCUGCAUCAAACUUUUUCCAGCUGCCUUGCAGACAGUGACCAAGAAAAUAGUCCGAUCUCGAGCAAACAGCACACUGGUGGCCGUCUUCACCAUCCUCCUCCUCUAUAUCUCUUCUUUUGCUAACAUGUUUACAUGCAGCAGAGAGAACCUGAAGGAGUGUGUGGCCAAGGAGUUGAACACAUCAAUGACUUCCUGCCUGCUUUAUAACCUGACCAUCAACGGUUCGACUCUGUGUUCCAGCCAGACAAUGCCCUGCCCUUUUCCAGAGUAUUUCAGCUACAGUGUAUUGCUGACCCUGCUGGCCUGCUCUGUGUUCCUCCACAUCAGCAGCAUAGGGAAGCUGGCUCUCAUGCUGUUCAUCCAGCUCACUUUCCUCCUGCUAGUGGAGUGGCCUCAGGUGGCCCUGUUUGACAACGCAGACAUGCUGGUCAUUGCCUACGAAUUCUGCGACGAUGUGACCAAGGUCUCCCUAAAGGUCAUGACUCCUAUAAUCCUCACAGUUUUUGUUCUGGCUCUCUACUUGCACGGCCAGCAGGUGGAGUCCACCGCUCGUCUGGACUUCCUCUGGAAGCUGCAGGCUACAGAGGAGAAGGAGGACAUGGAGGAGCUGCAGGCGUACAAUCGCCGCUUGCUCCAUAACAUCUUGCCAAAGGACGUAGCUGCUCACUUCCUUGCACGGGAGCGUCGUAAUGACGAGUUGUACUAUCAGUCAUGUGAGUGUGUUGCUGUCAUGUUUGCCUCCAUAAGCAACUUUUCGGAGUUUUAUGUGGAGCUGGAGGCUAACAACGAGGGGGUGGAGUGUCUCAGGCUCCUCAAUGAGAUCAUCGCUGACUUUGAUGAGAUUAUCAGUGAGGAGAGGUUCCGUCAGCUGGAAAAAAUCAAAACCAUUGGCUCCACCUACAUGGCAGCUUCUGGCCUCAAUGACUCCACCUACGAUAAAGAGGGCCGUUCACACAUCCUGGCUUUGGCUGAUUAUGCCAUGAGGCUUAGAGAGCAGAUGAAAUACAUCAACGAGCACUCCUUUAACAACUUCCAGAUGAAGAUAGGGUUGAACAUGGGGCCUGUUGUAGCAGGGGUGAUAGGAGCCAGGAAACCCCAGUAUGACAUCUGGGGGAACACGGUCAAUGUGGCCAGCAGGAUGGACAGCACAGGCGUGCCAGACUACAUUCAGGUGACUACAGACUUGUACCACGUGUUGGCCAACAAUGGAUACCAGCUGGAAUGUCGAGGUGUCGUCAAGGUGAAGGGGAAGGGAGAGAUGACCACUUACUUCCUCACCAGCGGCCCCCCAGGUAGUUAACGAGAGACCGUUUGACCGCAGAGUGACUCCCACUCCACUGAUACGUCAGAGACUGCAAAGAGAGACAGAGAGUGGUCAGCUCGAAGCGUGGUGCAAGCACUCUGGGGACAGUAGAAGGCCAGCAGAGACGUGACUGUAUGUUGCUCAGAUGCACAAAUGGAGGGUGUUGUUCGUGUUAGGAGGUUGUUUUUUUUCUCCCCAAGCUGUCCAAGAGAUAAUGAAGCCCAGUUGCCUUAGGACGGAAGUGACUAUGCUUGUGUUUAUGAGCAAUAGUACAAGUAUUUCAUCUGGAGUAAUUAUUUAUUUUUUUGUGGAAAAAAACAAAACUGUUUUAUAAAAGAAUAUAUGCAAGGACAACACUAUGGAUGAAAAUAACCAAAGAACAAGUGUUUGACAUUUGACACACACUAAUGAAUCUGCUCAAAAAGUACAGUAAACUUAAGUAAUUUAUUCAUCCUUUUGCUAGCAAAGGCCACGGUAAUGUCACUGUCAUUGACAGGCAUGAACCCUUAUUUUGUUGUGGACUUUAUAAUGAAGGAGAACGUGCACGUAUGCACAUAUAUGCAGACAACAAACGCAACUACCCUGUCUUGGAUUUUUGUGUUUCUUAUCAGGGCCUUAUUUGUUUCCUCCAGUCUGUAGUUUUUAACAGUCUGGAUCUGGGCUGUUUGUGGUUCCCUUAAAUCUCUGAGCACUUUGCUCUCCGAAUAUUUCUUUUUUUCUCUUUUUGGUUCAAGCCAAAAACAAGAAGUACGACAUGAAGGAAGCACGAUUGCAUUACUGUCACGGAAAUGAAGAGACAUUGUUAAACUGUUAUGAAACAUUUUAUACCAGUGUGUGUGUGUGUGUGUGUGUGUGUGUGGGUGUGUGUGUGUGAGACAAUGUGCUGUAUGUGUGUGGGUGUGACCACAUGUUACUGAAUGCUGUUCUUUAUCUAUAAGUGGGCAUACCUUCACUCUUCACUGUGAGGUUUUUAAGAUACUGUAUGACAAUGCUUUCUUGCCAAACUGGUUGCUACGAGGCAUGUUUUAUAUUAUUCUUUGGAGUUAUGUGUCCAUUCCUGAUUUAUGUGUGUGUGUGUGUGUGUGUGUGUGU